GCGAGCUCUCGUGAGCACUAGUUUCCUAUCUCAGCACCCCCAAGGGUCAGCACCUACACGCCGGCUCCCUCUGCUACCGCGGGCCGGAACUUUUGUCGAUAGGAACGGGUUUGCACAGUUGAGUGUUGUCGGCCGGCGUGAAGGAGACUAGGGGGCCAUCCUCUUCCUUUCGCCGUCGCCGCCGCGGAGCGGAGUCGAGCCGAGCUGAUUUGAUCGAGGAGCGCGGUUACCGGACGGGCUGGGUCUAUGGUCGCUCCGCGGGCCGCUCCGCCGGCUGGUGCUUUUUUAUCAGGGCAAGCUGUGUUCCAUGGCAGGGAACUUUUGGCAGAGCUCCCACUAUUUGCAGUGGAUUUUGGAUAAACAAGAUCUGUUGAAGGAGCGCCAAAAGGAUUUAAAGUUUCUCUCAGAGGAAGAAUAUUGGAAGUUACAAAUAUUUUUUACAAAUGUUAUCCAAGCAUUAGGUGAACAUCUUAAAUUAAGACAACAAGUUAUUGCCACUGCUACGGUAUAUUUCAAGAGAUUCUAUGCCAGGUAUUCUCUGAAAAGUAUAGAUCCUGUAUUAAUGGCUCCUACAUGUGUGUUUUUGGCAUCCAAAGUAGAGGAAUUUGGAGUAGUUUCAAAUACAAGAUUGAUUGCUGCUGCUACUUCUGUAUUAAAAACUAGAUUUUCAUAUGCCUUUCCAAAGGAAUUUCCUUAUAGGAUGAAUCAUAUAUUAGAAUGUGAAUUCUAUCUGUUAGAACUAAUGGAUUGUUGCUUGAUAGUGUAUCAUCCUUAUAGACCUUUGCUCCAGUAUGUGCAGGACAUGGGCCAAGAAGACAUGUUGCUUCCCCUUGCAUGGAGGAUAGUGAAUGAUACCUACAGAACGGAUCUUUGCCUACUGUAUCCUCCUUUCAUGAUAGCUUUAGCUUGCCUACAUGUAGCCUGUGUUGUACAGCAGAAAGAUGCCAGGCAAUGGUUUGCUGAGCUUUCUGUGGAUAUGGAAAAGAUUUUGGAAAUAAUCAGGGUUAUUUUAAAACUAUAUGAGCAGUGGAAGAAUUUCGAUGAGAGAAAAGAGAUGGCAACCAUUCUUAGUAAGAUGCCAAAACCAAAACCACCUCCAAACAGUGAAGGAGAGCAGGGUCCAAAUGGAAGUCAGAACUCUAGCUACAGCCAAUCUUAAAACAUUCCGAAGAAUUCCAUAGUGGACCACUUGGAAAUAAACCAUUGGACAGAUUUCAGUAAUGUCUACAGUGGAACACAAAUGAAAAUGAAUAGCUUGUUUCUGUCAAGCAUAUUGGAAAGUGAUUUUAUUUUUGCAAAAUAAGUUUUUCUUUAUCUAAUAUGAUUCUAGUACAUAAUUGAUUAAAAUCUCUUGAUUAUAAAUGUUUGGAAAGGUUCUAAGGGGACCUACAGACAGACAUACAUAGACAUUUCAAAAUUAAUAGCUUUUGAUUAGUAUAAUAUUUCUUAAUUUGGAUAAUAGAAAUUGUAGCUUUUUAUUAAGCCAGGAAACAUGAAGCAUAAUUUGUUUAAAAUUCUCUUUGGUCACUGAGGGACCAAAAAAGGACGUAAAAUUUACAGUCAGUCUAUGAGGGUUUUUUCCCCUCCAUAAGUUUAACUUUAAAACUGUAUUUAAGGAAUCAAAUCUUACAAAAUCCUGGAAGAUUUUGGUAAUGAUGUUGAUAAUUUCAGGGAAAUUAAUCAAGUACCUAUAUUGAUUUAAAAGUGUAUUUUAUUCAAUAGUUUGAGGAUCUUGCCAUGGAAGAUACUAGCCCAGCCUAGCAGAAAAGUGCAAUAUGUAUAGCAUACUUUGACAUUUUAAACAUGAUAGUCCAUAACCAUUUUGAAAUGCUGGGCAAACUACAUGAAGUUAUUUAUAAUUAAUUCAAAGCUAAUCAGGCAUUUUGAAAGCUUAAUUGGAUUCAAAAACCAUAAUGUUGGAAUUUGGUAAAAUUUUAAUGUUGAUUUUUACUGUGAAAAGUUUUUUAUAAGAUAUACACACCCUAGUUUAAUGUUGUGUCUUGGUGUGGAUUUACAAAUUUACUACAGGUAUUCUGAACCAGGAACACAAUCAGGUUUCAGGCCAGUUUGAUACUGGCUGUCCUUAAUUCUAAUAUGAGAGUAGGACAUCAUACUAAAUGUUAUGUCAGUGGGACUGUACUGUCUGUGGAACUUAGCAAAUUAAUCAUUUUCUUCAGACUUGAAGGAGAGUGAUAAAUAAAAUUUGGAGUCAUAGGAUAUUGAUGCACAAUUUAAGGAUUAAACAUUUUUAAUCAAUUGUGGAUGAUGGCUUAUUAAAUUAAAUGUUGACUUCCUAGUAUAAAACUGCAAGAAUAAAAGUAACUUCUCCAGCUGUA